AUUCAUCCAUUCAUUCAUCUAAUCAUUCAUUAAUUCAUCCUUCCAUUCAUUCAAUCACCUACUGAUUUCUCUGUUCUUAUUAAAUGCCAUAUGUGUUUAAAAGCUUGCUCUCUGGCUCUGACACAGUUUAUAAAAGAAAUGACACCAGGCAGUCUGCCCAUAUUAAGUACCUACUGUGUGCUGAGGCUCUGUGCUAAGCCCUAGAGAAAGGAAGAAGGAUCCCUUCCCAUGACACAAAUGACUGUGCUCCAUGGCACUCCAUGGUUAGUCACUGAAGGCAGAGCAGCACUUGAAUCUAUCUCACCUCUGAUAGAAGGAACAAAAGCUGUAGUGUUCCAGAGUAGUUCAGAGCCUGGGGAGGAGGCAUCUUUGGGGUUGGGCUCCUCAGAGUUGCCUCAAUUCCAUGAUCCAUGAAUUAGCACAGACUAAUCACCACCCAGAGAUCUGGGAGGCCACCUCCUCCUCACUUUUGCCUGGUUAGAAUCCAGAGGAGGGAUUUGAAGCCAGGAGGGAGAUGUCAGCUGACAGAGUGAAAUAAUCAUGAAAAGGGCUCAUUUGGAACCAGAAGGCACAGGUUCAUAUUCCAACUCUGGUAUGUAUUUGCUGUGGGACCUUGGGCAAGUCACUGAACUGCUAGGUGGGCCUCAGUUUCCUCCUCUAUAAAAUGAAGGGGUUGGACUAGAUAUCCUGGAAGGUCCUUCCCAGCUCUCAAUUUAAUCCCCAGAUAAGGAUGGCUAUCCCUCAAGGGGGAAGGCUUGGAGUCCCAGAACCUAGAUCUGGGUUAGAAGGGCCUGGGGAAGCCCCAGAAAGUUCCCUAGGCACUCCAGUCACCACCAGACUCGGGGAACAGGUUAGUCUGGUAGCUGAGGAGCCAGACCAGCCCUAGGGAGUGGAGGCUCUGGUUCCCUGGUCCCCUCCCCUUCUUGUUUGUGGGAAGACCACAGGAGAGGACUGAGAGGGACCAGCGGCAGGACGAGGCCCAACAGCCUACUGGCCUUGACCCUCUGUGGUGCCUCCCCUGAGGCCAUUAUCUCCCUUUGGCCCUAGACUGGCUGAGAGGUAGCUGAGAAACAGAACCUCAGCGGAAGUCUUCCUCCCCUCGUUCUAGAAGAGACUGGCCACCCAGGGCAGUAGCAGCCUCUUGGAGGGUCAGGAAGAGCCAUGGUCCUGCUCCACGGAGGAGGCUGGGUCUGGAAGGAGUUCAUGUUCACAGCUUCCCUCUUGGCCUGGUGGACUGUCCAGCAGGCCUGGGCUGGUCUCCUGAUUGAGAAGAUUCCCGAGACACCCCAGGAGGGUCAAGAUGUCCUUCUAACAGUUCAUGGUGUCCCAGCGGCCAUCAAGGAUUUCAACUGGUACCAAGGAGAGGAGGUUGAUGGCAGCACCAUGAUCUUCUCCUACUUCCCAGGCCUCCCGAGGCCCCAGAGGAAUGGGAAUGCCCUACAGGGAAGGAACAUCAUUGGGUUUCCUAAUGGUUCCUUCCUCCUCCGCCAUGUCCAGCUCACAGACAGUGGCAUCUACCAAGUGGGCAUCACCUUCAACCCAUCCUGGAUCAUGAGGGCCAAGACUGAGCUCAAAGUCAUAGAGAACGACAGGGCCCAGGCCAGCCCUGUUCACAAACACCAGUCGGGGAAGCACAGCUCCUCCGCCGUGAACUCGGGGACCCUGGUCGCCAUUGUCCUCGGCUGCGUGGGGCUUGGGGCCCUCAUCGUAGGCGGCGGCCUGGCCUAUCUCAUGGUGUCCAGAGGCUGGAGGAUCCGGAGCCCCGGGAACAUAACAGUGAAACCAGAACCGGGAAGAGACGGGUGCCAGAAACACAGGGCUGAUGGCAGUAACAUCUACGAGGUGAUUCAUUCUCCAGGAAUCCUGAUAGCCCCGACAAGUGUUACAGGGAUCAUCAAUCCAAACCUGACCCCAGACUCACCCCAAACCAGGAACCAGGAGGCCGAAGGUCACCGCUACCAGGAGCUCCAGGACCCAGACCCUGCUCCGUACUCUGUCUUUCUAAUGGCCUGGAUCCCACCAGCCCCAGCCCUGCUGAACAUCUUAGUCAUCCCGGAGCCACCAGCCCAGGGCGACAACGUCACCCUGUUGGUGCGAGGCCUCCCAGGGGAGCUUCUGGCUUACAACUGGUACCGAGGGACGAACCUCAACCAGGCCCACCUCAUCCUGAGCUAUAUCAUCAGUACAGCUGACGAGACCCCUGGGCCAGCCUACACGGGCCGCGAAGCUGUCCGCCCGGACGGGAGUCUGAACCUCCGGGAUGUGGUCCCUGAGGACUCCGGCAGCUACAUCCUGCAGACCCUGAACAAGCAGUUCCAGACCGACAUUGCCUAUGGCCACCUCCUAGUCCAUGGUGAGAGUGUCCCCCUGGGGACAGGGCACCAGCUAGGUGGUGUCCAGUCCCCUCCCCCUCUGCCUCUCCCCACAGAGAUCCUGUCCCCACCUCUCCUUUUGGCCAAUGGCACCGAGCUGGUAGAACGCCGAGACACCAUCCACCUGCUCUGCAGCACCCCCAGCACGGGAGACGUCCGCUGGUUCUUCAAUGGGGAGGCGCUCCCCAUCGGCAGUCGUCUGGGGCUGACCCCGGACAACCGGAUCCUGGUUCGGCACAAUGUCCGCAGAGAAGAGGCCGGGGCCUACCAGUGUGAGAUCUCGAACCCUGUCAGUGUCAGCCGCAGUGACCCCGUCAACCUAACAGUGUACUAUGGCCCCGAUCGGGUAACAAUUAUCCAGGAAUCGGCCUCCCAGACGGGCUGCACGGUGAAAGUGGAAUUGGACGCGUCUCUCACACUUUGGUGCGUGACCAGGUCCUGCCCAGACCCAGAGUACAUAUGGUCUUUCAAUGGGCGGACCCACGAGAGCACCACCAGCUUUGUCAACAUCACGGGGAUGACAAAGGACAAGGAAGGGACCUAUACCUGCAUUGCCAAAAACCCCAUAACCGAGCUCACAGGCUCGGCAUCAGUCUUGGUCAAGAUGUUGGUACCCAUGAUCAAUGGUUCUGAGAUCCCAUCCAGCUUGGGCAUCCCGUGCUCUGUGUUCUGA